AUGAAUGCACCAGAUCGGUUUGAUGUGUUUUACUUGCCACCAGGGUCACAAAAAAUGAAGAUUACACCAGACACAAAAGUUCAAAAUGCGGCGACUUUUGAGAUACUUCGAGAAGAUCAUACUAUGGGAAAUGUAAUUCGACACAAAUUGUUACAAGAGCCACAAGUAAUCUUUGCCGGAUAUAAAGUUCCACAUCCAUUAGAACAUAAUGUGAUCAUAAGAGUUCAAACUACUAAUGAAACAAAACCUGAAGCCAUGGUAGCGAAAGCUUUAAAUGAUUUAAUUACGGAAGUUGGUUAUCUAAGAACAAAAUUCAUGGAAGAUUUGGGUCGUGCAAGAGCUCUAGUAAUACCUCGAGAACAAAAAUCAAUGAUAGAACAAGAACCGCAAAUCAUGCAAGGUAUUCAACAACCUACCCGGGAACCUGCCAAUACGUCGGUCGGAAAUACUGGUGGUGUUGUAAGAAAAGAAGCAUUAGCCCUUUCAGUUGAAUAUUUACGUAUCUUUACAGUCCAGGCUGUUAUCCGUGCGACCAAUGAAGUCAAGGAUGAAGUUGGAGGAUCCUUGAUAAGAUUAGAAGUUACUCAUUUAGAAAAGAUUGCUCCCCAGCUUUCAAGAGAUUUUUGA